AUGGAAGGAUCCAUUUGCAACAUUCAGGUGCUUCUUCGUGCUGCUGAAUUCCUGGAGAGGAGAGAGCGAGAGGCGGAACAUGGCUACGCUUCACUACUUCCUCCCAGCCCGACACUGUCCGAUAAGAGAAGCAAACAGAAGAGCAAGAAGACAGCUGCUGGUGGAAAUAGAUCCGUGCACAACGAGCUGGAGAAAAACAGGCGAGCACAACUAAGGCAGUGCCUGGAGCAGCUCAAAAAGCAAGUUCCUUUGUCGUCAGACUCUAUGAGAAACACCACUCUCAACCUGCUCAGGCGAGCCCAGUUGCACAUCAAGAAGCUACAGGAGCAGGAUGAGCGCGCGGAGCAGCUCAAAGAUCGUCUGCGAUGGGAGCAGAGGGAGCUGCGGGUACGUCUGGAGCAGCUGCAGCGAGGGGCCGAGAGGAUGAGGAACGACAGCCAGGGCUCCACCAUGUCGUCAGAGAGGUCGGACUCGGACAGGGAGGACGUAGAGGUGGACGUGGAGAGCAUUGUGUUUGAUUGUAUGGACUCGGAAGAGCAGCACGUGCCAUGCGGCGCUGCAGAUCACUGUUACUCUACUAUGGACAAAGCUUGGCUAUGA